GAACAAAAGUGUCAUAUUGUGAAAGAUCGCCAAGCGCAGGUCAAAUGGUAUCACCUCAGCUUGGGUAGAAGGGGCAAAUCGGCAAACUUCCCAGCAGUUCCCGCAUUGUAAAAAAAAAAAAAAAAGGAACUGCGUUGCGCUUCUCCUCAAAAGGGGAACAUACCUUUUGUUGUUUUUCCCGAAAGAGAAGGAAAAAAUGCUCUUUCGAUAGGUCCCCCCGUUUAAUGUGUUUUCUUUUUCAUGUGACACUCUUUGUUCCUCACCACUUCGCACCACAUCGAACAUGUGCGUGCCGCCCCCACCCUGCCCGCGUAAAUGUACAGGCUGGCGAACGGGGAAGUCCUCCUGCGCGUGAUUCUUUUCCUGGCCUGCACACAUAUAACCAUCCUGGUAAGUUCCCAACGAUGCUACAGUAGAGGUAACUGUAACGCCGCUCACUUACCCGAAGCCGCCUUCCACAAUGGAGUGAACAUAAGGAGACGGCCAUACUGCUUUGUAAAGCAAAAAGGAUGUCCAAAAAAUUGCGUAAAAAAGAUAAGCAACAAAUUGUACGAAGCAAACACGCAGAGACCAGAAAGGAAAUUCGAUUGUUACGAAUUAAACAUAAGAAAUGAUAAGAAAUUUGAAAAAUAUGCAAAAAAACCAGCUAGCCCGAUGGCCAACCUGUUUUAUUUUUCUCCUUUUAAAAAUAUCAUAAACAGUUUUGAACCUGUCGAUAUGGACAUCAAAAGGAAGUUAAGGGAAGAAGGGUUUCAAUAUGAAAAUGAAAAAUCAGAUUCGAAUAUUUUUCCAUCGUUAGAUGAAAUAAUAAGGGAUGGAGAUCCCUCCACCAACAUGCAUUUUUACAGAAGGAAAAGGCUAAAGAGCUUACUUUAUAGGGACCCCAACAGAUUUGUUAACGCCAGGAAGUUCAUCGAGAAUUACAAUAAAAGGGCUCCACCAGAUAAGCAGAUAAAUUAUGACUUGUUCAGGUGCGACAUUUUCUAUGUGCACUCUGAUGGAACUAUAAUGAACAUCGAGGAGAACAGACCCCCUUACGACAAGAAGCUGGAGGAGAACGAGCGGGAGAAGGAACCCAGAUUCGUCAUCAUGGCAGCGCCCGGACACGCCAAGGAACGCAACUUGAAGGUCGGCGACAAAUUCCCGGUGAUCAACGAAGAGCAGAAGAAGGUCCUGUUCGACAACCACUUCGCAAAGCCCAAAAAAAUCAGGGACCCCCUGGUCCUACCGGAUGGACGCAAAAUUCCGUAGCCUGCAGAAGGACGUGCGUAUAUCCGGUUGAAGAGGCUACAGAUGUGAGCAACUAUAUGUGGUUGACUAGAUGGCACAGCUGGGUGGGGUUACUUUUUCCCCCCUCCCCCCUCUGCAAUUCCGCUUGACCAUGUGUGCUUCCUUUUUUUAAAGGGCUGCCCCCGAAUGAGCUGUUAGGAGGACGAAGCCCAAUCGAGGGCAAACGGCAGGUGCACCUCCUUCUGUGCUGGCAAGUGAAAAAAAAAAGUUCCAUCGUAAGAGACUAGAGGGGAAACUUCGCACCAGUUGAGAUCCUCCACAGGGUUAGCUACUACGGUGAACUUCAUAUUUUCAAGCCAUUUUCUAUUCCUCUUGCUUAACUUUUUUUGUGCAUUUAGGAUAGCCAUUCCGUUGUCGUUACUUUUUAUUGGGUAAAAUUCAUCUUCUCUGGAAACUUCCAAAGAUAAAAUCCUUUUGGCGUAUUU